CUGUAAGUCCUUAGAUUGAGUCAGUAGGUGAGUCAGUCAGGGGGAGUAGAGUCUAAGUGGUGAGGAGUGGAACCGUUGUCUGGUUGUGCACCAAUCACCAUGGUUGACACCCGUAGUGGGAAGAGUAUUGCCCCCUCCGAGGCCGAGCAGGCCCGUAUUGCUGCCCUUUUGAGAGAGAAAAAAAAGAAGAAGGAGAUCCUUAAGCAGGCGAAGUUAAAGGCCAUUGCAGAGGAGCAGGCGACAAAGAAGAAGAGAUUGGAGGAGGAGAUGCUGAGAUUUCAAAAGGAGAAGAUGAUGUUGCUAGAGAGAGAGGAGGAGGAAAGAAGAAGGGGUGCAGAGGAAGAAGCAGCAGCAGAGGAAGAAGAAGAAGAAGAGCCCCUUGAAAGAAGACGUGGAGAAGAAAGAGGGGAAGCAAGUGGCACGAAGGAGGAGGACAGAUGGAGGGAGAAGAAGAUUAGUGAAUGGGUGGCUAACUUAUCUUUGGGAGAAGAUGAAGAGGCACAGUUAUAUGUGGCGCAGGAGGAGGGGGAGGCGUUUGCCAGGGCACUGGAGUUGAUAGAGGAUCCCCUGGAACGCCAGGCGACAGAGGAUGAGAAAAAGUUGGAGUGGAAGUUGAAGAUGAUGAGAGAAAAGAAGAGGAGGAGGGAGGAAGCCAGUAGAAUAGCCAGGGAGGUUGAGCGAGUGCGAACCGGCAGGCAGGAGUUGCAGGCCCAAGCAGAGGUCUCUGCCAAACUAGACAAGAUGAUGGGCUUCUUGAAAGUCUUGAGUGAGGCCUGGCUGGAAGAGCACCAGGCCCGUAAGGGUCAAGUGGUGACUCUGCAAGCAAUGCGCUCCGGGUUCAGAGAGUUUGCGCGCAACGUGGUGAGCCACGUCGGGACCGAAGUUAGAAGAGUGAGGGAUGGCGUAGACAAGUUUUGCACUGGCGCCAUUGAGACCGCCAAAGUUGUGGCCACAACAGAGGCCACGACGCGUCCCCGCAAAGAGCCAGUCAAGUUAAAAUUCCCUGAUGCGUAUAGCGGGAAGGAGGAGGAAAAUUUCGAUAACUGGGAGGCCAGUAUAAACACAUAUGUCUUUUUACAGCAUAUUGCCCCCGAGGAACAAGUCCUCGUUGCCUUCCACGCUCUAAAGGACGAAGCGGCUAGCUUCGCCAGGUCCCUCGCACGUGCCGCAGAUUGCGAGCACAACAUGAUCACAUAUUCCAGGCUUACCCCCCUCGCCACUUUCCUCAAACUCCUGCGAGAGAGGUUUGCUGACGUCACUAGAGGUGUCAGGGCCUCCGAUAAGCUACAGACCAUCCAUUCACGACAGUGGAGGAGUGCAAGAGCACUCAAAGCUGUCAUGGACGGCUUGGUAGCCGUCCCAGACCACGGGGUCACUGAGACCCAGUUGGUUCAGUUGUUUUAUCAUGCCAUGCCAGAGCCCUUACGAGGGCACUUCUUUGACAAGACCCAAUAGCCCAACAUUACGUAUGACGCGUUGAGUAGGGAGGUGGUCUUGUUUGAGGCCAAGUCAAUGCCAGUUUCCACUUUCUGGCACAAAGACUUA